GGCCUUGGACGUUAUCCGGUCACAGAGUACGCGACGCGGCUAAGCGAGGAGGGGUCCAGUCCACGCGAGUCGCGUGUCAGUGCAGGCCGCUGGCGGCGCACACGGCUUCGCUAUGCACCGGCUCGUCUACUACCGCCACCUCGAGCUGAUCAGCGCUGCAGGGCAUGCCGCCGUGGAGGAGCCUGACGACCCGGCCGUGGUGCCGCCCACGCCAUCGCCUCCGCCCCCGGCCACAGCCGCUCCCAACACCGCCCCCGCCGCCGCCACUGCUGCCUCCGUGUCCGCCUCCGCAGCGGCGCGUGCACGACUUAACGGCCACGCUGGAGAGGACGACGAAGCCAACCGGCUAUGCGUGAGCCUAGAGGAGCGCCUGCGGCUGUCGCCGUCCCCCGAGGCGAGCCGCUCUCCGUCGCCGGUGCACCAGGCCGGCCCUGUCCCUGGCUCAGGCGCUGCUCCUGCUGCUGCUGGCCCCGGUGGCGGCGGCGGCGGUGGCUCUGGUGGUGGCGAGCCGAGGCCCAUCUACCCCAACUUCCCGUUCAGCCCCUACGGCAGUCCACGGGCAGCCAGAAGGCGCGCGCCACUCAAGGAGUCCCGGCGCGUCUCCAUCGACAAGAGCGGCCGCUACCUGCAGCUCAACCAGUACCGUCUCAUGGACUCCAUAGGACAGGGAUCGUUUGGCAUCGUAAAGCUGGCCUACAACCAGGAAGACGAUACGCACUAUGCAAUGAAGAUCCUAUCCAAGAAGAAGCUGCUGAAGAAAGCUGGCAUGUUUGGUCGUGUGGCGCCGCAGCGGAAGUCGUCUACGGGGAAGCUUGUGAACCCGGCGGAGCGAGACCCGCUGCAGAGGGUCUACCGGGAGAUCGCCAUCCUCAAGAAGCUCGACCAUCCCAACGUCGUGAAGCUGGUCGAGGUGCUCGACGACCCCAUGGAGGACCACCUCUACCUCGUGUUCGAGUUGCUGGAGCGCGGAGAGGUGCUGCCUGUGCCCACGGAGAACCCACUCAGCGAGGCGGAGGCGUGGCGCUGCUUCCGGGACGUCGUGCUCGGCGUGGAAUACCUGCACUACCAGCGCAUCGUGCACCGCGACAUCAAGCCGUCCAACCUGCUGCUGGGCGAGGACGGGCGCGUGCAGAUCGGCGACCUGGGCGUCUGCAACGAGUUCGACGGCGCCGACGCGUCGCUCAGCAGCACUGCUGGCACGCCAGCCUUCAUGGCGCCAGAGGCCAUCACUGGCGCCAGUUUCAGCGGCAAGGCGGUGGACAUCUGGUCGAUGGGUGUGACGCUGUACGCGUUUGUGUUCGGCGACGUGCCUUGGCGGGACGACAACGUGGUGGCGCUCUACCGCAAGAUCCAGACGGAGCCCGUCCGCCUACCGCCCAGGCCGGCCAUAAGCCACGACCUGGCCGACCUCAUCCGCCGCAUGCUGCACAAGGACCCCGAGCAGCGCAUCACCCUGCCACAGAUCAAGGAGCACCCCUGGGUGACAGCACAUGGGAAGAGCCCCCUUCCAACUGAGGAGGAGAACUGUCAGCUGGUCGAGGUCACCGAGGAGGAUGUACUGCGUGUCGUGCAGUCCAUCCCCAGGCUCGACACACUCAUCCUUGUCAAGACUAUGCUCAAGAAGCACUCCUUCCAGAAUCCAUUUGGUCGUGGAGGUCUUCGGAGAGGAGGUGCUUCUGUGGGAGCUGCUGGUUCAGACAAAUCAGACAAAUUCCAGAGGUCAGGACGGUCACAUUCUGCACCAGGCUCCUAUGAUGUUGCAGCUGAAAGGAAACUUGUUUGUCAGGAAGCUCCUCUUCUGCCUUCACUUAAAGAGUCAGUGGUACCGCCAGAGACCACUCCCCCUUCAGUGCCCCAGAGUACACAUGAUGAGCAGAAGAGGUGAGGUCUGGGCUGAGGCAGCUGAUGCCAGCUGCCUGGCCCUUCCUGACCAUUCUCCUUGCAGCUGCCAAGUCUUGGCUGUGAGGAAGACCUCACAAUGGUGUGGCACAUUUAAUCCUGGUAACCCCAUGGUGUUUUCAACAAGGAAUUGUCUUUUUUGACAUGUUAAUUGAUAUCUGUACUAAUAAAAUUAUUUUUCUGCACUUGUGAUACCCAUCAAGUAUUUUAUACAAUUGUCUAAUUUGCAACAAAACUUACAAUACAUAUAGUUGAUGGAACUAUAAUGUCAGCUGCCAGAUGAUGUAUUUCAUUCAGUACAAUACUGAUAGGUGAUCAGAACCAGAUUACGUUAUGAACCACUUUUGUCAUAUAUUUAGAUUCUGAUGCGGUGAAGUAUGUACCAUGCAAUAGACAGAUGUUUCCUAAGCUGCAACUUAACAGUGAAAUGUAUUUUGACUAUAUAGCUUUUUGCUGUCAAUAUUUGCUUCACAGAAAGAGUGUGUGGUCUAGAUCAUUUUCCCAACAAGUUGCAGAAUCAUAGGAGAACAGUAAACUGUGUGAAAUGGGCUGCUUCCAUCUUCAAUUUUGUGAGAAAGAAAUUAAUGUAAGUUAAAAUUCUCAAGAAAGAGAGAGGUAAAGGGCUGCAGUGGCUGAAAAGGAGGCUCUUGAAAAGGACAUGGCUUAGAACUGACAUUAGAUAGAUCAUUUCAUUAAAAAUGAGCUGGUUCUUAAUAUAUGCACUGAUACCCUAAAAAGAUGCAAAUUUAUUUCCUUUUUUCACCACAAAUCUCUCCUAUAUUACUUCCUGUCCAUUGUGUUUAUUAUUUGGUAUUCUAUAUCUCAGAAUGUUUUCAGCACAAAUUAUGAUGUUUGGACAUUUACAUACUUUUAUGGUGCAUCACAAUUCACCCUUAUAAGAGACAUCUUCAAGAUGUAACUUGUUCCUCUUUGGUAUUGGGAGAAUGGGAGGUGAUCUAUCUUCAUGGAAAUUUAACUACAGCAAUCCUUGUAGGAAAAUCUUGAGUUGAUUUCAAAAUGUUCUGCCAUGUGCUAAAAUUUGAUCUGAAUCCUUUUCAGUCAGAAUGGGUGUGCAGUGCCUUGCUGUAAUGAAUCUGAUGUCAGAAUCACAAAUAAAAUAAUUGCCAUCAAAAGUAACAAGAGUUCAUUGACAUUUCAAAAUUACUAUAUGCAGACACUAUGCAAGCUACAAUGUUCUUAGUUGAGCCCAUGGGUGCUUGGAAAUUUUCUUACCAACUAUAGGUGAAGGCGAGUUGACAUUGUGAAGCACAGCUAAAGCUAUUGCUGGGUGGAAAUUGUACACUCGAGCAGAAAACAGAUGUCUUAAAUCUCAUGUAUAUUUUCUGUCAUGUUUACUUUUCUGUACAACAAAUUCUCAUUUCCACAAUAAUGCACCAAUUACAACCUUUACAUUUAUGUUGACAAUGAAACAAAUCAGCGGUGCCAAAUCACUAACUGAUUUAAAUCUAAAAUUUAGCUAAUAUGGUUGUCCAUAAGCAGGUCUUCACGGUAUAUUUGUAGACACUUACUGUGGUUUUUUAUAUUUUUAAAACUGAUCCAAAGGAAAGUAUGUAAUAUAAUUGAAUUUCUUAGUUUUUGUCUUGGAUCAUGCAGCUGUUAAUGGCAAGAAGGAAUGAAAAUCAUAAAUUGUUAAUGGGACCCCCACAGAGACUUUAUACUGCUGUGAUAAAGUUAUAUAAAAAUGGUAGUUUGCAGUAUUUGAAACUGGAACUGUUGAGCAGCUCUGGUGCUUGUGUUAUGUUAGCAAUAAACAACAGACAUUUAUCUAAGGAUCCAAACUUGCUGAAAUAUAAUCAGUGGUAUAUUAUGUGCUCAUUGUUGUUCUACUGACAAGUAAAAAUAACAUGGAAUUGAAAUUAAUAUCGAAGCAUACAAGCUAUAUGGAACAAUUUUUUAAUGUUUGCAAAAAAUAAAUAAAACUGGUGGUAUUAAUUGGGGACCAGAAUAUAAGAACAUUAUACAAAAGUUAUAAGGCUCUGAAAUGAAAUAAAGGUAUAUUGCAUGCUGCUAAAAGCCUUUGUCAGUGGUAUUUCCAGUGUUGAUCUUCCAUUUCUAUUGUUAAUACUGAAGUUAUAAGCAGUUAGAAAUUGUUACGCACAUUUCAAUUUAUCCAUAUUGUUGGAAGGCAUAACAAGAGUCAAACUGCACAUAAAAGGUACGAGGUGUGUUUUAAAAACAUAAGGACCAAGGUAGAAAUUUUAUUUUGAAUGAUAGAUGUGUCUGAAUUUCAGUGCAAUCCUACAGCACUAAAUAUGUGAUUGGUAUCUGAGAGACUAUAACAAUAUGCUUUUCAUCUUGCAGACACAGAGGUGAUAGAUACAAAUUUAAUCUUAGAAGACUUUUCUACAGGUUUGUUAAUAGGGAAAGAAUGAUACAGAGAUCUGGUUUUAUGUGAAACAGUAAGCCUCUUGUUAAUUCUUCUCAUAAUUUUCCCAUUAAUAUGUGCUUUUAUAAAAUUUGACUCAUUAAGGAUUGUUAAAUAAGCACGGAAUUAAUCUUUGCACUUUAGAACAGUUUAUAUUUAUUUUUAAGUACACGCACAAUUGAAUGUUUUCAGUGGUGAAUGCAUUUCAAGCAAGAGCAAAUUAACUUUUAAAAUAUAUAUAUUUUCAACAUGUUCUGUAAUGUAGCCACAAACUGGCAUUUUUUUAAAAAUAAAGGUGCUUUCAAUUUCUAAAGUGUUAUCUCAUACCUGCAGCAGAUAAACCAAGCAAAUAUUUUAAAAUUUCUCUGUUUGUCACCAUUAUUUCUUUUAGUGUAAACUGAUUAUUUUACUACAUCUGCAUAACUCAAAGCAUGCAUUGUAUAUGUAACCACAUCUCAUUCGAAUUGGUAAAUAUUCUUGUGAUGUCUCAGCUUAUCUCAAAAACUUUAUAUUUGCCUCUGAAAUAACAACUUCUGUCAUUGUUUAAAUGUGCUACUAUGUCUUUCAGUCCUGUGAUUAAUGAUGUCAGUGGCUGCCUCACACACCUUCUUGUUCUUGUUCAUAAUUAGGUACAAAAUAAAAUGUAACUGUUUUGUGGAGUGUGCCACUGGAGAAAGGAAACAAUGAUUCUCAGCUACAUGUAUUGCUCUCACUUCUUAUGUCUUUUGGACUUUAAGCAGUAUCUGUGUACAUAAAUGUUCGUGCACUGUUCUUUUUUCAUGCACAUAUUUCUAAUAAACUUCUGUAAUAUUAGACAAUCACUGUCUAGAUGUUUUAUAGCAUUUUUUAUC